GCAAAGUGCUAGUGUUUACAAAUUCGUGAAAUCGAUGUACAGUGUUAUUGUCUGCUUGAGGCGUUCAACCUCAAAUAUAUUUUUUCUACGUAUGAAGUGAAAAUUCGCAGUGAUUGCAGUAAUCAAACAAACGAUGAAUAGCCGAGAAAACAUAAUUAGAGUGAAAGAAGAGCUUAGACCAGAAGACACUUGGCCAGAUGCAGGCGGCGAUCAUAUUUUCGAUGCAGUGGACUCUUGCGAAGUAAAAAACUUUAGAACACUGACAUUUUAUGAACAAUCGGAAAAGUUGAAUGAAAAAAUAUUCGUUGAUUUUGAGUGCAAAGAUGUUAAAUCUGAACUGAAAUCUCUACCAGCUACCAUCUGCAAAUCGGAGCAUCAAAGUUAUCCAUCCAUUGUGAAAAUAGAAAAUCAAAUUCAGACCAAUUAUUUGAAAGAUGAAGAUCUGAUGAUUUUACCAAAACAAGAAUUCGAUCAUGAUCAUAAUUGUCAAUUACAACCCAAUUUUCGAUUGAAAUGUGGUCAGUCCAAGAAGGUGAAAAAUUUAAGAAAAACGUCUCGGACCAAAUUAUCUUAUGAGUAUAAAAUGAGCCAAAAAACAUUUAAAGGAAAAGUGAUUUUGAGAAGUAAGAUGAAGCACAAGAACAAUAUAGCAUAUGAUUGUGAAAUUUGUCACAAAUCAUUUGAUUACCAGAGUAUUCUCAAACGUCACGUCGAAACAGUACAUAAUCGGAGCAAACCCUAUGGAUGUGGAAUUUGUCAUAAGUUAUUCAGCCGCAAAGAACACCUUAACAAUCACGUAAAUUCAAAGCAUAGUGAGGAAAAACCCUUCGAGUGUGACAUUUGUCACAAAUUAUUUGGACAAAUAAGUAACCUAAAAACUCACAUAAAUGUUGUACAUAAUCGAAUCAAACCCUUCGAGUGUGACAUUUGUCAUGAGUCAUAUGGCCGCAAGGGUACUCUCAAGGAUCACAUAAAUGCAGUACAUGAACGGAGCAAACCCUUCGAAUGUAAGACUUGUCAAAAAUUAUUCGGGCGAAAGAGUACUCUUAACAAUCACAUCGAUCUAGUACAUAAUAAGGAAAAACACUUUGAAUGUGACAUUUGUCAUAAGUCGUUUAUCUGCCAAAAUAUCCUCAACAAACACAUACAUUCAGUACAUAAUAAGGAAAAACCCUUUAAAUGUGAGAUUUGUCACAAAUCAUUUGGAUAUAAAGUUCAUCUCAAACGUCACACGAAUACAAUCCACGUUCGUAGCAAACCCUUCGCGUGUGAUAUUUGCCACAAAUCAUUCGGACUGAAAGCAAACCUCAAAAUUCACAUAAAUGGAGCAAAUCCAAGAGGACGAACACAUCUAUUUUGGGCCUAA